AUGGCCGCAGCCAACAGAAGUAAAUCCAUUUUCAGAUACAUUUCCAGAAUCAACGGUAGAACCAGGAACAGAAGCAUGGCUCAAGUACCGCCCACCGAACCUGUGCGCCUCGACGGGCGAAAACUGGAAGGAGGAGGUCAAUUGGUUCGCAUCGCGAUCGCAUUGUCCGCGCUCACUGGCCAGCCUCUCCAGAUCGAGCAUAUUAGAGGUAACCGAUCUGGGAAGAAAGGGCUCAAGGCGUCGCAUAUGGCUGCUGUCCAGACACUUGGGGAGCUAAGCGGGAGUACACUCGUCAAGGCCCAGGUCGGCUCUUGUUCGCUGGGAUUUUAUCCUCCUUUACACGAUCAGGUCCAAUCCCGUCAAACGAAUACAGAUAUCAAUAUUCGACUUCCGACUCCCGGUUCCGUCUUCCUCGUAUUCCAGGCGCUCUAUCCAUACCUCCUCUAUUCCUCCACCGAUGACCAGAUCCGCCUGAGCAUCAUCGGCGGUACCAAUGUAUCAUCGUCGCCAUCAUACGACUAUGCGUCCCAGGUGCUGAUCCCUAAUUUCGCACGGGUUGGACUUCCUCCGCUCUCAGUGCGCCUGGAGAAGCGCGGGUGGGCAUCAGGACAUGGUCAAGUGCAGAUGGGAAAAGUGAUGUUCGUGAUUGAUCCUCUGCGCAAGGCAACGGGCGGAUCUCCGAGGGCAGAGUUACCGUCGAUUGAUCUGCAUCGACACCAACGGGGCAAAAUUUCCCAGAUCGACAUCACGAUCCUCGCCCCUGAUGAUCACCUCGUGGAGGUCGACGGCGAUUUACCACGCGGUUCUCGACACGAUGAUCAUACAGCUGCAGAACUUGAGGCCGAUCAGGCGGAAACUGUGCGCGAAUUUCUAGAACGUCAGGUCUAUAGGGUUCUCCGAAAACAGUUAAAGGAUGUACCUUUGUCUGUCUUUUCUCCUGAGUUCAGCCCAAAAAACAGCACUAGCGAAAGUGUCCCCAUCCGAACCCACACUACCGAGGCCACACAUAGUCGAUCAUGCAUGUAUGUGCUGAUUGUGGCGCACAUGUCAACUGGUUUCAAGAUUGGUCGUGAUGCGCUCCAUGGUUCGCUGAAACAGCGGCCAAAAGAAAAGCCAAAGAAUAAGAAACGUCAAGGGAAAAACAAACCCCGGGAGGAUAUGGUUAGUAGAGUGAAUGGGCUGGUUGACGAAUGCGUGGAGAGCUUCAUCCGAGAACUUUAUGAUACCGAAAUGCAGACAACAGCAGAUCCACCAGGAACUGCGCGACACCGGCCUUGUGUUGAUGAGUAUAUGAGGGAUCAGUUGGUUGUGUUCGAGGCGCUGGGAAAAUCUUCCGGAACUCAUAAGCGACAAGACAGUGAGAGCCACGAGGAUGAUAGAUACUGGAGUCUCCAUACGCAGACUGCGCAAUGGGUGUGUCGACAGAUGCUUGGAGAGGACUCCCUGGGAUAA